AAACAACACUGCACAUUCUCAGGGACAGGCAGUUUGAAGGCGCAUUCUGGGGGAAGAGGGGACACGACAACAACAUAAUCUGUAUCUAUCAUUCAAGGGGAUGUUUAAUUUAAAGUAGGACCUACUCCGUGGAAUACUAAUUAGCUAAGCCUUGGGUAUUAGUCACGGUCCUGUAGAUACGGUCUUCCUUGUUCUAAGAAAUAUGUUUGAUGUCUGUAGCUGGGUCUUUUAUAGCCGUAUUUCAAAUUAGUGUCAGUCAAAGGGAAAAUAGGCUGCAUGAAUAAAAGAGCUUGAAUUUAAAUAGAAAACAUUAGGUUGAUUAUUAUCUAUGAAUUCAAAUUAAAAAUGGAGGAAGGUGAGAAUGAUGAUGAUAACGUGUGGAACGCGUCGGCUGUUAUUAUGGACAUUGACUCAGGAUCCUGGGCGGACCGCUCACCCCUCCAUGAUGCUGCGAGUCAGGGCCGCCUCCUGGCUUUGAAGACACUCAUUUUACAGGGUCACAGUGUGAAUGUUCUGACUAUAGACCAUGUGACACCCCUCCACGAGGCCUGUGUUGGAGACCAUGUCGCUUGUGCCAGAGCUCUCAUUGAUGCAGGAGCAAAUGUCAAUGCUUCCACAAUUGAUGGAGUCACCCCUCUGUUCAACGCCUGUACAGUGGGCAGUGUGGCAUGCACUGAAAUUCUUUUGGAAAAUGGAGCAAAACCCCAGAGACUCGUAUACCAUCCAUCACCAAUCCACGAAGCGACGAGCAAAGGUCAUUACGGUUGUGUGGAGGCUCUGGUGACUUGGGGGGCAGAUGUGGACAUGGACAUUCCUCACCUGGGCACAGCGCUCUAUACGGCCUGCGUCUGCCAAGAGCUGGAGUGUGCCAGGAAACUCCUGAGGGAAGGUGCAAAUGUACAGAAAGGCAAAUCCCUGGAUUCCCCCUUACAUGCGGCUGCAGAAAAAGACUGCACAGCUGUAGUGAAGCUGUUGCUGGACUUCGGUGCAGACAUUAACGCCAGGAACACAGAGUUUCAGAGGCCGGUAGACGUGGCUCCACCCAGCAGUAUAACGGAGGGUUUCCUUCUGAUAUAUGAAGUUACACCACGACUGCUGAGCCAGCUGUGUCGUCAGUGCAUCAGGUGCUGCGUCGGCCGUGACAGACUCCACCUUCUUUCCCACCUUCCCCUGCCCAACAGGAUAAGGAACUACCUGCAGUACCAAUGACAGGCACAACAAUCAGACUGCCUGCCUAAAUGGGACUUACAGAAAUAAUAAGCCUUUGUCACAAAGAGCUAAUCAACUCCAUGAACUCUUCCUACCUUUAAUUUGAGCUACCAGUUAAUUAAUUAAGUCACUGAGGAGAGCUGGCUGUACCAAGCUGUGCUGCGCUGGCGUGCAUCCCAUAUGUGAUGGACAACGUAAAGCAGGGGGUUUCUAAAAAAGAGUCCUAGGCUUAGCCUUCCCUGGAUAAAUUAUGGUUAAAAAUAUUAUAAAUACAAUAUUAUUUGCAAUUCAGGUUUGCUGUAUUUAGAAGAUGCCUUAAUAGUUGCACUAGCUACCAGAGAGUAAUAAACUUUGAAAAUUUUUGAGAUUAUGAUGUCAUAUAAAUGCACAAUAUACAGUAUGUGAAUGAGUGUUCAUAGGUUUGCAUUUGAUAUAUAUGAUGUAUGGCACACUACUAGAUGAUUAAAGUUGUUUUGAAGCCUGGUGCCUUCCAAAA